CCCCUCUGCUCCCCGACAGCACUCUGUAUGAUGGAAGUGUCCCUCGUUGAAGAAGUCUCCUAGCUAAAGCAAGAAAACAUUCUGUAAAUCUAGUAUGUUAUCCUUUGUAAACGGAACGCCAACCGUUAAAUGACCGGGACGGUGCCGGCGCCGUGGAGAAAGCGAAGAGGUGAUGUAAAGUACUUGCUUGAGACUGGUACGCUGGGAAGGCGAAACUAAUGUGAAUGUAAAAUAUACAGCGUUCUGUUGAGGAAAUGACUUGAAAAAGCCAAACAAAUGAAAAAAACAACAAAUGGGACAGCCAGCAGAGAGCUUACUAGAAAAAGCAUUUGCUAAAAUGCAGAAAUACUGAACGUUAAGCAAACUGCCUUUCUAUAAUAGCUGGUUAUUUUGCACACUUUACCUUUAUCAUCUAAAUUAAAACAGCCUUCAAGAAGUGAUUAAGUUUCGAGUUGCACAUUAUUAAAUGCCAAGCUUCAAAACGAGUCAAUGCAAAAUCAAAUUCCAGGCUUCUAGUAAAGUCAUAAAUAUAUGGGUUGCACACAAAUAAAACUUCUUAAUGCCAGUCCCUCGCUUCAUGAAGAGUGGUAUGACUUUUCUUGCCCAAGUAAUGGGCAGCAGAAGCAACAUUUGUCUGUGUGUAGGUUGGUGGCUGUACUUGUGAACCUGUUGGUGUUCUUGUCAGGUAAUCUCUACAGCAGGCACAUCCAGAUAGAUGGAGAGAUGUUGGCUAUUCAAGUGCAAGAUACUCCAGGAGUUCAGAUCCAUGAACACAGUCUGCAUUGUAAUGAGCAGUUGAACAGAUGUAUUCGCUGGGCAGAUGCCCUGGUGAUUGUCUUCUCCAUCACAGACUAUAAGAGCUAUGAACUACUCAGUCACCUUUACCAUCAUGUUCGACAGCUGCAUCCAGGAAACGCAGUCCCUGUUGUCAUCGUGGCAAACAAAGCCGAUCUCUUGCAUAUCAAAGAGGUGGAGCCCCAGCAUGGACUUCAGCUGGCCAACAUGCUGGGCUGUACUUUCUACGAAGUAUCUGUCAGUGAAAACUAUAAUGAUGUUUUCAAUGCCUUCCAUCUCCUCUGUAAAGAAGUCAGCAAACAGCAAACAACCAGCACCCCUGAGAGAAGGAGAACCUCUCUUAUUCCUCGGCCAAAAUCACCCAACAUGCAGGAUCUGAAGAGAAGGUUUAAGCAAGCUUUGUCUGCCAAAGUGAGGACUGUCACUUCUGUUUGACAGCAGAGCCGUUGGUCUUCCCAACAUUUAGCCUAAGAUUGAAACCUGGGGUGUUUAACACUGGCACAUCUAUAGUCCAAGGCAUUGUGAAAGAAGCAUGGUUCACAUAGCCAUUUGCAUGGCUGUAGAAGUGUUUAAGCAGUUGCUGAAAAAAGGAACAGUGGCAGAUUGGAAAAGGAAAAAGACAAAAAACUCUUGAAAUAGUUCUAGGAUAUGACCUGCAGAACAAGUAUUUUCAUUUGGAAAAGAAACUUUUCAGAUAAUGAAACAAGCUUUUAGUUUGUUUUUUCUCCAGUCAGAUUUGGCUUUCAUUUAUGCAGAACAACUUCUUAACUGUAACUCAACUUGUAUUUGAGCAGGGAAACACCCUGAACUGCAGUUCACUGUUCAGAAGUAACCACUUGAGACUUGUUUUCAUAUGGAUGCAGGACAGCAUGAUGUAUCUGUUUAAUUUUAUUGCACAGUAGAACCGUUUAUUUCCCAUGUAUUUAAACAAAUAAGCAAACAUGAAAUCGUUCUGUAAAAACAAGUGUAAAAUAAGUGGACAUGACUGGGUAUCAAGACUAUAAACAAUGGUCCUUUUUUUUUUUUUUUACUGGCUACAUUGUUGUUGACAACUUGACCAGACUCUCUGUAUGCAAAACCAUUGUCUGCAGGGUGUAAACAUAUCUAAUUACACAUAACUUGUGGGUUUUUUGCUGUCUGAAAAAAAAUAGUGUCCAGACUAAAUGAUCCAACAUGAAGCUUUUGAGGAAUGAGUGUGGAGUUGGAGUGAUAGUCCAUUACAUCUGCCAGCAUAAGGCACAUCUCUCUGUGCAACAGGCACAGAAGGAACAUGGUGUGGCUGUGAUUCAGCAGGGUGUGAAGCAGGGCUGGCUCCAGGCAAUGAAGUGGGUGGUUUGUUCUGAGCUGUGCCAGUCCCUCUUCAUCCUUAAACACAUGUGGCAGACUUCUAUGUAUAUAUUUUUUUUUUACUUUGAGCCAAUGAAGUUCACAGGCUUAAGGCCUUAUACACAUGCACUUUAAAAAGCCAGUGUGCUUUUGUUUAAACUGUAACUUAUUUAUUUUGUGUACAGUUACUCCUCCUAGGGAGUAGACUUUUCAUUCUUACUGCCUGGUUCAAUAUUAAAUUUUUGACUUGCAUGUU